AUGAGCAAGCAUACCAACUUUAAAAGACACAAGAUGUGUGGUCAUGAUGCAGAAGGGCUGAAGAACUUCUGGGAGAAAGUCAUUGAAGAGCAAACUAAGCAAAGAGAAUGUGAAGAGUCUAGGUUAAGCAAAAGCGCCCUGAACAAACUCCGCCAUGAAUGGACUCUGCGGCUGGAAGGACGAGCAAGUCAGGUCCAGGCACAGAUGAAAAUGCAGAAAGAACAGAUGAUGAUGCUGUCUAUUGAGACUCUUCCCUCACCAGAUAAAACUGUUGCUUAA